AUGGAAAACGACGACACCUUAAUACUAAACUGGACACCGUUUUUCGGUGAACAAACUUGGGAACAAUAUCGAAUAGAUUAUUGCGGUUCAGAUUUACCACCAUGUCUUAUAACACAUAAUCGUACCUAUUUGACUCAAAGUCAUUUGUUAGUGUUUCAUGCUCCGGACAUGAAUUGGGUAGAGUUGCCCGAUAAAGAGACCAGAAAUGUAUAUGAUAAUAAAAUACCUUGGGUUUAUUAUAGUGCAGAGGCACCAGCUCGCGAAUGGGAAUUUGAUGAUAAUAUGAUGAGAAUGUUUGAAUUUAGCCUAUCAUACCGUCUUGAUUCUGACUUUCCGGCAACUUAUCUGGACGAGGAUUUGACAACAAUACUUAGAUCUCCAAUUUAUCCAUUUAAAGAUCGUAAACAAGUUCCAGUAGCGUGGGUUGUUUCAAAUUGCCAUCCUGUAAAUGGUAGACAUUAUUAUGUCAAGGAGCUAUUAAAGUACAUUGACAUAGAUAUUUAUGGUAAAUGUAUGAACAAUCAGGAAGUGCUUGAUCCGACAAUAAAUAUCUCUGACUUGAUUAAGCAAUAUAAAUUUUAUCUUGCCUUUGAAAAUUCAAACUGCGAUUAUUAUGUGACUGAAAAGUUGUUAAAUGCUUUUAUAGCAGGUGUUGUUCCUAUAGUAGACGGACCAUCUGAUUAUACUCCAUUUGCACCUACAAACCAUUCAUUAAUACAAAUUGAUCAAUUUUCAUCACCAAGUGAGCUGGCUUCUUAUAUUCUGUCAGUUUCAGAAAAUGAACAAGCAUAUAGUUCAUAUUUAUCUUACAAAAAUAAUGACUCAACGUUAUCAGAAGAAUUUGUUAAAUAUUGGCAAGGCUACAAUCAUCAAACCGGUAUAUUUGGUUAUGACUUUAGAGGUGGAAGGUGUAAGCUAUGCAAACUUGCGAAUCAACUAAGGAACUUUAAUAAUCAUGAUAAUCAAAGUUCCAACAAUUUAUUCAAAGAUAUAUUUGGUGAUGAAAUAAGCCCGAAAAAAUUCUUAUACGCAGAUCGAAGCUGCAUAUUCGGAAAGCAUAAUAAAUAUUGGAAUCCACUUUCUAUAUUUUCUAUGCCUGAUAGUCAAUAUGUAUAUUCUGUCUAUUUUAUAACACUUAUUAUUAUAUUCGGACUUUGUGUAUGGGUUUUUAAAAGAAUUAUUUUCAGGAGAAGGAUAGAUAAAGAGCCUACCUAG